GUCAACGGCUGCAUGCUGGACCCCUUGCCCCCCGUGGCCGUUCGCAAAUCCAGCGCCUCGUCCCCCAGCAACAUGAUGGAGAUGUCUAUAGACGAAGGCAUCGAGACGGAGGAGCUGGACACUGAGGAUGAUCAUACCCAUGUCUUCAACGCCUAUCAGACGGCCCGCUUUGGUCAGCGCAGACACACGCUGUCUGAGGUCACCAAUCAGCCAGGAAUCGUGACCAGUGGAGGUAAACUGUUCAGCAUGGGUCAUAACCCCUCUCUGGGUAGCGUGGACACCGAGUAUGACAUGGGCUCUGGGCACAGUGACUUCAGUCUGCUUGAGGAUGCGCCCUCUCUUAACGAGGUUGUCCUGGCCAACACACCCGUCACCCGCCUGACUCCGCCCUUCGUCAGCGCUCGUCCCGCUAACCCCACCAUGCAAGCGCUGAGCACCCAGAGGAGAGAGACACACAACCGCUCUCCCAUCAGCUUCCGCGAGGGCCGCAGGGCAUCAGACACCUCACUCACACAAGGCUUGGUGGCCUUUAGACAGCACCUACAGAAUCUGGCACGGACCAAAGGUAUCCUGGAGCUAAAUAAGGUGUAUGAGCAGAUGGGCUCUGGAGAAACCCCUUCCCUGGGGCUGCUGAGCCCUCAGGUACAUCCACAUGGCUUAUUGGACCCUGCACUACAGGAGGAAAGAGGUCACCAGCAUGACAUGGCUCUAUGCUCAGGUGGAACACACCCCGCACUGUUGUCAAGGAGACAGAGUCUGGAGCCGCAAUACCUCUCUCACAGAAUACAGAAGAUGGCCAACAGCCCCAGCAGUUGUCAGAUGUUUUGCAAAGAAACUCCUCGCAGUCUGGAGCAGCAGCUGCAGGAACACAGGCUGCAACAAAAACGUCUAUAUCUUCAUAAACAAUCUCAAAUGCAGACAUACUUUAACCAGAUGCAUAUUGUGGAGGACCUUUACGCUCCCUGUGCAACCAUGGGCCACCAGGACCCCGGAGCCCCACCUCAGCCAGCGGGUUUGAUCGCACCAGCACAUCAGCAGCCGCAGAACCCCCAGACUUCACCUCUGUUUGCACAUACACAGCCACUUGGUCACCUAAUGGAGCCAAACCCAGAAGCCCUAGCAUAUGAACCCUACCUGGGACAUUACUCUCAGAUGCAGCCUCUACCACAAAGCUUCUCCGCUCAGCUGCAGCCCCAACAGCCCGAACCCCUCAACUACACCUACUCAGCCUGCGAUCCAAGCCACUCCCCCUCAGGAGAAGCACUGUACCCGGAGCAAUACGACUAUCCGCUUGAUCCCGGGCAGCCGCCUCCACCCGCGGAGGGCGGCGCGACUGGGUACGAAGGGUUGGCAUUGGCCGACCCGUUUCUGGACAGCGAAAUGGAGACCGUGGACCCCCAGCACGGUUUCGUACUGGUGAACUAGGCUGAGACUCGAAUAACCAGUAUUACCUUGAUAUCCGACUCACUACGGAUGAACUGACGGAUGAGAUGACGUCACAGGGACGGAUCGAGUUUUGUACGUCCAACAUUUAGGUUGUUGCGAACGCGAGCUGUGAUCUUUAUAAUUUACGAAACUCCUCCCUACCUCCCUCCUCGUUCUCCAGUGGUCCCACCUGCUGCUCUCUCACAAUAGAGUGCCGGAUGGCGUGGUGUUCGGGCCAGUUGCGUCGGAGGCUCGCCUCAUCGCCUCCAAGCUGACCGCAGGAUAGGAGCUGCUCGCUACGCGCCACAUGUAGCACAAAGACAGCCUAGAUCUGCAAUACAGAGCCUGAUCGACAGCACAACAAAAUAUUGACAAGUUUUGUACUGAACAAAGUCAAUCGAAGCGACUGACUUUGAUUGCGAAAGACACUCGACAAGUGCAAUGCUAGUUUUAAACACAUGGCAAUAUUGAAGCAAUAUAAAAAAAAAGUAGGAACUGCACCACCCAAAACUGCUGCCACCGGAUGUUUCUCAACUUCUAAACGGCUCAAGUCUAAAUCCACAGAUACUUGUGGAUGAAGCUGUGAUUAUUUUUGUUCACUGGAUUUCCUCCUCACGCUCAUCCUAAAGGCCCUGAAAAUAACAAACUGUUCUACUCAAGCCACAACAGUGUUAUUUUGUUCGCUAAUAUUGCAGUUCUUCAGAAUCUGCACUCAAAUUGGUGCACUGUGAAGGGAUGCGUCAUGUGACAUUAUCACCUCCAUGGGCGAUGUCGGCAUGCAUUUUAAUGAUUUAGAGAUUUCAAUUACUAUUUUGGUGGUAUUUACCCCUUUACACUAAAGAAUACAUCAGCAUUCACGUUUAUUCACAAGACACUGGAUUGUUCGGCCAAUUCAUUGCAUUUACGACAGACAAAACAAAGAUUGUUUUUGUUAGCAGCACUUAGUAAAUCUGUUCUACUUGAAAUGACAGUCUGUGACUAAACCUAGAUUUCAGAUACUUUACAGAGAACGAUCAUGACGCAAAUUGAUCGCAAGGUUCGGGGCUUUUAACAGAACAGAUAAUAUACUGGAGCACUUUGUCAUGGAAGCUAAAGUAAAUGUAGCUGAAGAGACGGCAGAUUGGUAAGAUAAACCUGCUCUGCUAGUUUUGUCAAAUAAGAGACAAAAUCAUCUCUUUCCAAUAACUUGCUCCCCACAAGCUGGCACUCUCUCAAAGAAGGAUUCGAGAGAGCGCGACUUGGCGAUUGUUUUGUGUAACAUAGGGGUUAGAAACUUUGGAAGUGCUUUCAAAAUGCAUUGUAUUUAAUGUGAUAGUGUUCCGUGUGCCUUUUCUUCGUUCUUUUUAGUUAAGAUCUUCAAGGGAUAGUUCACCUAAAAAUUAACGCUCUGUGUGCAUUUAUACUCUACUCACUUGAUCCAAACUUGAAUGGCUGACUUUCAUCCAUGAAACAAUUCAAAAGCCUCAAAAAGGACAUAUAACUAUCAUGAAAGUGGCCCAUAUGAGUUUGGAACGACCAGAGGGCAAGUAAGUAAUGACAAUAAUGAGAGUACAUUUGCUCUUUUGGGUGAAUUAUUCUUUAAUAACUUUGUUUUUCAGUUUGAUUCUGUUUCUGUUUGUAUUGUUACAGGACAUAAUGUAGACCCAGGUUUUACACAGGUACAAAACCAAAGUCCCCUCAGAAAUGUUCCUGUAUAACCCCACCAUGUGGAGUUUGGAGCUUCUUGGACUGCUUCGUAAAUGUGCUUUUUCUUUUUGUCAAUCAGUAUAUGCCGUUGAAAAGUAUUAAUAGCAAUAGUUCUUAUGAAUAGUUCAGAAAGAACAUAUUAGUGAAUGUGUUGCCAUAUCAUAAUCACACCUGCUGGCGAACACCAUUCCUUGGACAUUCUACUAUUCUACAUUUACCUUCAACAUGGUUGUUGACCACACAUAAGCUAAUGUGUUAUUAAGAUUAAAAAAGGUUUAUUGAA